GAAGAAGAACAGAAGCCCUUAGACAAUCCCAUUAAAGAGGAAAUGAUUACAGAGACCUCUCCUGAAACAAGUGCAGAAAAAAAGGUGGUGAAAAUUACCUCAGAAAUUCCUCAAAUGGAGAGAAUGCAGAAGCGAGCAGAAAGGUUCAAUGUUCCUGUGAGCUUGGAAAGUAAGAAAGCUGCACGAGCAGCUCGGUUUGGUAUGCCUGCAGUUUCAACUAAAGGUCUGAACACAGAAAGUAAGACUCCAGUAAAUAUGGACAAAUUAAAGGAAAGAGCUCAAAGAUUUGGUAUAAAUGUUUCCACAAUCUCCAGAAAGACCGAAGAUGAUGAAAAACUAAAAAAGAGAAAGGAGAGGUUUGGCAUUGUUACAAGUUCAGCUGGAGCAGGAACUACAGAAGACUCAGAGGCAAAGAAGAGAAAAAGAGCAGAACGUUUUGGCCUUGUCUGAUGAUCUUCUUCUUAGUAUUUACUUGUUCAGGGUGUAUGUUUUAAACAUUCUUCCAUCUCUAAGGAAGAAUACAGUUUCUCCCUCACACACAUUUUGACUUUGUAUUUCAAAGCUAGCUAUUGAGUUGUGCUGUUUGCACCUACCCCACACUCUUUCGGACCAGAAAAGUACAGAAUAAAAUAUUCUGUUUAUGUAUGUUGUAACCAAUUUGGAUCUAAUAGGUUUUUUUUAGCCAUUUGUAUGCAAAGUACACAUUGCUUCUUCUUUUUGGAGUAGAGGCAGCUCUGCAAAGGGAUUCCCCAACUACUAUGAAUUGUCACCUUCAGCUCCAUUUAAACUUAAUCAGUAAUUGGGCACGCCUUGCAUUUUUAGGUAGGCAUUCAUUGCCUAGGCAUUUCAAAUUUUCUAUUAAUUUUAGCUAAGAAAUAUUUUUUCUUUCAUUUAUAAAUUCCAAUCAUAAAGUCAAUCAGUUUCUUCUGAUUACUCUUAAGCCUAGAUUUUAUUAAAAAGUGAAACAUUUUCUCCUUGGAGUUAUAUGUUUACUAAAUAUUGAAGCUGAUGAAGUUAUGGAAUUUUAAGAUGGAUCUUGCAUUAUCCUUUGCUAAAAUAUAACUUUUUACAUAUUGUUCAAUUACAGUGUAUGAGUGGCCCACAGAAUAAAACAAAUUGCAUCCCAGUGUAAAGGUAGUAAAAUUGUCAUGUUCAUAGCUAGACAACUUCCUACUACUAUUCAUAGUAAACCUUUAGAACUAUGCCUCAAAACUUUUAAAAUUUGUCACGAAUACAGAAUUUCCUCCGUUAAAAAUAGUACCAAAAAUUAUAAAAACAAUAGGCAUAAAAUGAUUACAAAAUAUUAUAUUCAUGUUCAGCUUUUUAAAGCUUUAAAUUCAUAGUUGAUUUUCAAAUACAGUGUUCUAUGUUUCUCUCUGAACUGAAUGUAUUUUGAAUAUCUGAUGCUUGGUGUUUCAAUUUAUUAAAGACAACUACUUGGAGAAAA